AUGUCAGAAGUGGCGGGAGACCUUCCUCCGAAGUGGGGCAAAACUGCAGGUACCACCCAGACGAACCAAGAUCAGAUCGAAGCAGCCCAACCACGUCGACUGCCAGCGGUGACUGCGAGCACAUCCGCUGCCCAAGAACAUCCUCUACCCCCACCCGGACCUCGAUCCUUCCAUCCUCCCGCCGCGCUUGGGCCCCAGUGUCCCCCCCCCCCAGGACCCCUGACGCUCCCGGUGGUGCCACCUUACCCUACUCGGCGUGACCUAGCCCUGGGUCCUGGGAGCACAAGGGAGGGGCGCCGUGCUCGUUUCCCAGGACCAUCUCUCCAUUGCUCCAACCCCGAUUUCAACAUUUCGGCUUCGACAGCGUUUUGAGAGGAAAGUAACAGGGCGCCCCCCCUCCUCCC